AUGGCGGAGAAGACGGAGAAGGUGAAGGGUGAGGCGGUGCAGAUAAUUGAAGGGUUCGAGGUUCUGCCAAAGCUCGUGGUUUUUGAUCUCGAUUACACUCUCUGGCCUUUCUACUGUGAGUGUCGAUCAAAGUGGGAAAUGCCCUCUCUAUAUCCUCACGCCAAAGGCAUAUUGUUUGCGCUCAAAGAGAAAGGCAUUGACGUUGCAAUAGCUUCUCGCUCACCAACCUCUGACAUUGCAACAGCUUUCCUCAACAAAUUAGGUCUCUCCUCAUUCUUCGUCGCACAGGAAAUAUAUUCCAGUUGGACCCAUAAAACGGAUCAUUUUCAGAGAAUUCAUUCCAGGACUGGUGUCCCCUUGAACUCCAUGCUCUUUUUUGACGAUGAGAAUAGGAACAUCCAAUCGGUAUCUAAAAUGGGAGUAACUAGCAUUUUGGUGGGAGAUGGGGUAAAUCUUGGGUCCUUGAGGGAAGGUCUUACUCAAUUCUCUCGAAACUGGAAUGCGGCGCAAAAGAACAAGCAGAAAUGGCUUUCCAAUUACUCUAACAAGCCAGAUACUUCCAACCCUGCUGCAUGA